AUGAAUUUUGUUCUAUUAAUAUUCUUUCUAUUUACUACAAAAUGCUCAAGUCUGAAAAUAAAAUCAGAAAUCGAUGUUACGAAAUAUGGAUUGACUCAGCAGGAGAUCCUGAAAUCUCCUCAUUAUAAAGAUAAAGUGUUCAAUAUUCCAAUGAACACAGAAUCUGGAGAAGAGCUUCUGGAGCAUUGGGCAGUUCAAGGUUUUUCAGGAGUGGUUGCAGCUAUCGCCACAAGGAGGUUAUCCCUCGUUGAAGAAUAUCAGAAGAAAGACCACGAAAAAUGUUCUUCUGAAGCUGAAACUCUGGCAGAGCAUGCGAAAUGUCUUAUUCAAUUAGAAGACUAUGCUCACAGAAACAGACUGAUUCACAGAAAACGUUUAUUCGUAAGAAAAAUGCGUAGACGAAUCGAUAAAAUGGAGACCAGAACCACUAUGGCUCCAAUCACUGCAGAAGAAAUCAAAAAGGAAAAAGAAUGGGUUGGAUCGUUCCGAUUCCGAGCGAAAAGAGAAAUCAAAGUGCACACCAGAGACAGUUACACACUAAAAUCACACAAGGAAAUGAGUCCAUUUGGAUUGGUGACAAAACAUUUGACAAGUGCCGUCAAACUUCUGAAGCAUACUGAUAAGGUGUCAAAAUGGCAGGAUACAAUUGAGAGGAUUGCCAAGAAGGCAGAUGUAAUAAAGGAACAGAAGAAGAUGGAAGAUUUUAUGCAGAGGAGGUUGAGUGUUUUUACUGAUGCAGCAGCCAAAAUGAAGCAAAAUAAGAAAUUGGCAAAAGACGACAGUCUGAAAGAGAUGAACGAUUUGGAGGAGUUUAUUGAUAACGAUCAGAUUCGGGAUGUGUUGAGAAAUCGUAAGGAGAAAAUCACAGAGCAAGAUAAAUUGUUGAUGAUUCCGAUGAAAAUGAUGAGAGAUGCCGCCAAAAUGAGUUUAGGAAUGACGGGAUACAACACAACUGACUUCGAUAGAAAAAUUGUGAGGAUUAUUAGUCCUAGAAUUAUGAGUGUUAUUCCACAAGAAGAGGAAGCAAAGAAUAAUGAGAUUGACGUUCUCUCUCCAUCUCUGUUUGCUCUCCACGAUGAUGGAUCAGGGGUUGAGAAGAAAGCAUCACUUGGAAAUCUUCUCGGGUCGCUAACUAACAACAAAGAUUCCCAAGACUUCCUCGACUUCAUCGUAGAAGCAACUGGAGUGAACGAAGCAAUGGAACGAGUCGAGAAGAAGAUCGGAGAGUAUCGAAGGCUGAAAGAUGACGCAAUGGGAAGAGGUCCAGAAGGUCAACCAUUAUAUUUUACAAAAGAAAAUGUGACGGAAAAGUAUCCACACGAAGCGAAGAAGAUUGACAUGUUUGAAGCGUUGGAUAAAACUUAUUCAGAUGAGCAAUUGAAGGAAAUGAAUAGAACUGGAUAUACAAUUAUGAGACACGAUCAGAUGGAUUUAAUCUAUGGAAAAGGAUCAGUGGGAGAGAACGAAAAGUUCUUGAAGACGGCGAAGGCGUUGAGCAGACCGCAGAUAGAUAGAGCAAUUAUGAGCACAAUUAAAGAUUUGGCUCACGAGAAAGUGAAAUUUGAGGCGAGGAGAAACGAUAUUGUGUUGUCACCGAUUACAUUUUCAAACUUCAUUUUAGAUCCAGUGGUGAUCCGUAUCCCAACCAACCAUCCUCUCUCCAGUCAUGCUGUGCUCCCUUAUCCUCUCCCCAGCUAUCUACGGAGUCAUGAUCAUGUCUCCCUGGCUGAUGGUCCCUGUCAUUAUCUCCCCGCGUCUUCUCUCUCCUGUAGCAGUGAAUCCAUUCUUAAUGGUUCCCAUUAUCAUCUCUCCUCUUGCCUUCAAUCCGUUCAUUCUUUGUCCAGGAUCCAUGAACCCUUUCGUCCUUUCUCCGCUAGUUUUCACUCCAUUCAUUCUCUCUCCACAAGUUCUUACUCCAUUGAUUCUGACACCUUUCUGUCUGGGUCCAAUUAUUCUGAAUCCAUUGGCUUUGAGUCCUCUGGUACUUUCUCCAUUCGUUUUAUCUCCAACUAUUCUAUCUCCUCAAUAUGUCACUGCAGUCGUUUUAUCCCCAUAUGCUCUGAGUCCAAAUAA